AUGCCGGAUGAGAGGUUGAUGCGUUACGAGAAGCUUUACAGGAAGUUUAGUCCCGCUCAUUCGUGCCCUAUGUAUAACACUCAAGAUUCGAAGAACAUGUCUGAUUCGGUGGAUCUGGUUCAAAGAUUCGAUGCUGCAUUUAAAACCCUUUUCCACAACAAGCCUGAUGGCGAAAUAUUAAAGCUUCAGGAAAUAUUUCUGGACUUAUCUGUUGCUCAGAAAUCUUUGAUUCAUACAAGGUUGAAGGAAGCAUUGGAACAAGUUGUAUCACGCAUGAAACCUUCAUUAAGCAACAUCUUAGAAACUCCCGAAGAAUCAUUGCUAGAAGUGGUGGUUAGCCAAUGGAUGAUGUUAUGUGAACAAUUGAUAUUAGUUAAAAACUAUAUAGAACUCAUGGAUUCUGCCGUUGUAGCAUUAGGAAAAGCCUCGAUAUGGGAUAUAGGGACGUUGGCAUUCCGUAAGAGAACUGCUUGUAACGUGGAAUUUAAUAGAAGGCUCAUAGAAAGUAUGAUCUUGCAGAUCAGAAAAUUUCGAGAUGGAGACGGCGUGAAUUUGACCUCUUUUCGAAAUGCAAUUAAAAUGUUUAAGGAUCUAAAACUCUACGUUGUCAUGGAAAAAAUUCUUCUAUUAGAGUCGUCUAAAUAUUAUGAAAAUCGAGCUAAAUCGCUUCUCCUGACAGGGAGUGUACACGAAUAUAUAUCUCGUGUGAGGCAAAACUUAAAAUUUGAGGAGGAACAAUUAUCCAUUUAUUUUCAUCCAAAGACUCAGGGUCCAUUAUUGAAGGUAGUACGGUCUGAAUUGAUAGAUAAGAACGCGCACGUAAUAUGGAAUAUGUUUGAAAAAUCAUUUGUCACUGAUAAUGUUAUGCAUUCUGAUAACAAAUUUCGCGGUCAAGCGUUGAAAUCGUUAUAUUAUUUCCUUUCUAACAUGGAAUCUAUCGAAUUAUUACAAUUACUUAUUGGAUCUUAUUACGAGCAAAAAGGGAACCUUGCAUAUAUGGAAAAUACCCAUGAUUGGUAUGGGCUGGUGGAUAGCUUGAUUCAACUUAGGAGCGAAAUUGAUACAAUCGUCGAUGGUGGUUCUGAAGAUGAAAAUUCGAUUUUCAAGAUCAAAGAAACUUGGCACGGGCGAAUAGGAAAAUUUGUCAGUGAGAACGUCACUAUCAUUGAAUUAAUUGCAAAGAUGGUCAACGACUUCAUGAGAAGUCCUGAACUGAAUCCUGAAGUCUGGCAAAGAUUUGGGCAGAGCCUUAGCAACUUUCUCUCGUGUAUGGAGGACAAAACAAUUUUUAGGGUUUUAUAUAUAAGCGAUCUGGUAAAGAGGUUAAUAUUUAACGAGACUUCUGGGUUAGAAUAUGAGAGACAACUUGGAAAAAUACUUUUUGCAUGGAUGGAACCAGGGUUUUCAGAGAAGCUGAAUGUAAUGCUUGAAGACAUAGCAAUUUCUCAGAAAUUGAACAAUGAAUUCAAGAAAUCCUAUUCUGCAAAGGAGGAUCUGGAAGUUUUUAUAAAUGUUUUGACACUAAACAGUUGGCCAAAUUACAUGACAAAGUUUGAUUCACCAAUAAAAUUACCAUUAAAUCCAUCAUUUCAUGUUAUAACAAAUACUGAUGAAUUUUACAUAAAUGAGAAUCUCAUUGUUGAUAACAAGCACAAUAAUUAUCCAAUUACCAUCUAUGAUGUGGAAAUCAAUAGAAAGUUUAAGGAAGUACAAGAAGUGAGAAUAACGCGACAAAUAGCGGAAUAUCGAACAAUUCAAUUAGAAUCAUUAAUAAUGAAAAUCAUGAAACCUGAGAAAACAGUCAAAACCAAAGACUUGGUCGAUAGAAUAUUGAAGCAUCCCAGGUUUGAUUGGGCGACGGCGAAAGACGUUUUGGAUCAAAUUCAGAAACUUAGGGUGAACGAGUAUCUUAAGCAAGAUGAGAAGGAUUCGGCG